AUGGCACCGACUCAGAUAACGAAGGACAUAACACUGCAGAACCAGAUCGACUCACCUUUCCUACGUCUGCCAGGCGAGGUUCGUAAUCGCAUCUACGGCCUUGUUCUCGGCGGCAGACAAAUCCAAGUCCUGUACCCUCGCCUCUACAGUGCCGAGAGGGAUGGUGGCCAGAACGAUGGGUUCGCUUCCCUCGAGCCUGGCACAGUCCGCAAGCUGCUCCACAUGACAGAAGCAUGUCGACAGAUACACGCCGAGACAGAUCUCCUUGUCUUCCAGACCAACGACUUCCGCAUUGCUUCCAACCACAGCUUCGAGACGUUCCUCGACGCCCUCUCGCAGCGGCAAGCCGAGGCUGUCAGGUCCCUCGUCUGGCCGAAGUGCUGCCAGCUAGUGGCGGAUGGCCAUCUAUCCAAGUGUACCGGCCUGCAGCGACUCAUUGUCUCGAAAGCUGGGCACAGCGGCGGAGACUUCUACACCCCAGCCGAUAAUGCGACCGUGAAAGUGCACCUGUAUUACCAGGAGAUGCGUCAAGCUGCGCAAGACAGAAUCGAUGCGUGGGAGGCUAAGGGUGUUGAGAUCGAGUACUGCGAAUAG